AUAGUUCUCUUCAUUUCAAAUCAUAUCUACCGCAUGUUAGCGAUAGUUGAAAUCGUUUUCUGUUUACGGAAUCAUCGCAUGUGACUCACGCAAGUGCAAUUUUCUCUGAUCUAAACGGGGGUGAGUGGACUUGCACUUGAAAACAAAAAGAUAAAUAAACAAGAGCUAGUGCUUCGAAAAGAAAUUUACGAGUGUUUCAUUUAAAAUCGUUGUCAUUGUUUCUUUUCCAACUUUAUUUUAUUGUUCAUCAGAAAGAAUUGAAAACGAUUCUUAAAAUUGUCACCGGAAGUGCGAAACUUCCGAGUUUUGACAAAAGUGGAAUAAAGUCGGUGAGCGUUUUAGAGAGCGAAUAUUCGAAUGAAAUACGUACCGGCAUUGAGUAUUUUGGUUUGGUGUUGUGAAUUUAUAUUUGGGGAUGGGGCAACCAAGUAAGGUGCAAACAACUCUGCUCACCCCUGUUGAUGUGGUUAAAGCAGAGUGGUUAUCCAAAGGAAAUAACCGAGAUCCUGAAAUGUUAGCAAUCAAGCCACCGAGGCCAAAAAUAGUGGAAUUGGCAAAAGAUUUACCAGAAUAUAUUAUUGACCCUGGAACUAAAACAACUUAUGUAAAAGGAAAAUUUCUUGGAAAGGGUGGAUUCGCUCGUGUACACGAGUUAACAGAUCUGACCACAAACCAAGUAUACGCUUGUAAAAUCAUUCCAAAGAGCAGAUUAACCAAACCACAUCAGAAGGAAAAAAUCCUGAGAGAGAUCGAUCUUCACCAGAAACUGAAGCACAAGAAUAUCGUCCGCUUCCAACAUUUCUUCGAAGAUGACCAGAAUGUCUACAUUAUUCUCGAGAACUGCUCCAGAAAAUCUCUCGUUCAUGUCCUGAGGAGCAGAAAGUUCUUGACUGAACCUGAGGUUCGCUACUUCAUGCUUCAGCUAGCUGAAGGUGUACAGUAUACGCACUCUCAAGGAGUAAUUCAUCGCGAUCUGAAACUGGGCAAUAUGCUUUUGUCUGAAGAAAUGGAAGUGAAAAUUGGUGAUUAUGGACUCGCCACUCAUAUUUCAAAUGUCGAUAAGUGUGGUAAAAAAUUCACUGUUUGUGGAACACCGAAUUACAUAGCUCCAGAGGUUCUAAAUAUGCAAGGCCAUAGCUUUGCCGCUGAUGUUUGGGCAAUGGGCUGUAUUAUGUAUGCUAUGCUGGUAGGACAACCACCUUUUGAAACUUCCACACUAAAUGAAACCUAUUACCGGAUAACAACGAACAAAUAUACAAUUCCUAGUUCAAUGUCUGAACCAGCUCGCCAUUUAGUAGUCAGAAUGUUGCAGUGCAAACCAUCUGACAGGCCAUCUUUAGAUGAAAUAAUAAAGCAUAGAUUUUUUAGUUCCGGUUAUUUGCCAACUUCUUUACCUGCCACAUGUUGUGUUACUAUUCCUAAACUUCCAAUUGGUGUAUUUAUUAGGAGAGCUUCCAGUGAACGUGAUGUGGAUAAAAUUGCCAAUCGUGUUGUAAACUUACAACUUAGUCCAAAGCCAGAUGUACCAAAGAUUCAUGUAAAGUCUGAUGAGAGUUCUUGUAGAAAAGAUAACUGUUUCCCUUCAACUAUCAGACAAAAACUGACUAAUGUUCUUUGUCCAGAUAAAGUUAUCAAAAAACCAAAAGAAAGCUCUAGUUCUGCUUCGAUGUUUCAUAUGUUAUUAAAUGUUUUAGAAUCAAUACCCGAAGAUUGCAAUAGUAAUCCACCUCCACUCAAUUAUAAUUUAAGUCCUUUUAUUUCAAAAUGGGUUGAUUAUUCCAAUAAAUAUGGAUUUGCUUUCCAAUUAUCCAACCAUAGUUUUGGAGUCAUGUUUAAUGAUUCAACAAGAAUGAGCAUGUCUGCCAAUCGAUCAAAAGUGGAAUUUUAUGAUACAAAUGGUAAAAGUAGCACUUACAGUCAUUCCAACAUUCCAAGUCAUUUAGAGCCAAAGUUUACACUAUUCAAAGACUUUGCUGAAUACAUGGAUGAAAACCUCAGUGAGGGGGGAGAACUACAGUCUCAAGAUCUAGUCCGCAAGAAAAUACCUUACAUGAAACGAUGGUUACGAACAGCUAAUGCUGUAGUCAUGCAGUUAAGUUCUGGUACUCUUCAGAUUAAUUUCUUCAAGGAUCAUACGAAGAUAGUGAUAUGUGGAGAUGGAACAGUAAUGUAUAUUGAUGAAGAGAGGCAUUCUACUACUUAUUCCUUAAAUGCUAUUGGGCAGCAUGGGUGCAAACCGAUCUUCCUAUCUCGUCUCCAGUAUGCAGCUUCUGUGCUGCAUGAUUUUGCUCAACUGGAAGGCGAUUUCCUCUAAAUGGAAUGGCAGCUUCUUCUCUUCCUUUUAUUAUUUUUUUUUUACAUCUUAAUGUGUAAAUCAUUCAAUCAUUCUAUACAUCAUCCAUGUAUGAGUAUCAGU